AUGUCAUUGGAAACGUGCACUAUUUUCCUGGCGACCGUGGGCCUUGUCGCUGCACAGACCAGCGUCGUCUCCAUGUUCAUUCCUUUCGCUGACCCGCAAUCACUGGCAGCUUCAAUCGUGGGACAGAGCGCUGGUACCACAACAUACAGUAUCAAUUGUCCUCCCGGCACCGAUAGCUCGGACUGUGGCAUGGGUCCCGGUCUGUGGCUGACUGCGGGUCCCACGACUACGAAAUACAGCAUGAGUUCUCCCGAGGAGGCAUUUUAUGAUAGUGUGGUUUGCUCUGUAGGCGGCACCACGACUGCCGCUUGCACCGAAGUGCUAAGUGGCACUGGAGCCAACUGGGUCGGAACCGACACCGAGACAUACGCCCAAAGCGAAAUUACCUUUCUGCCUGUGACUGUCACUGCUGGCCCAGCCACUGUGACUUCCGUGUCUACCACGGCUAGUUCAACCGACUCGUCGCAGACUUCUGCGGGUCAAACGGCCAGUUCCGGAAACACCGCAUCCUCUACCUCCGGAACUUCGUCUACCAUCAAGACCUCUGCGGUUAGUACUGGAGGUCUUUCUCGGGUAACUGGAAACCCUAGCAUUGCGUUAGGCGGCGCGGCAGUUGCAUUUGUUGCCGCUGCUUGGUGA